AUGGUUCAUGUAUUCGAGCAAUACUCCAUCAUCUUCGCCAAAAAAGUUCGACUGGUGUCUGCGUUGGAUACCGACGAUCAACGGGCGGAGAUUCAUAAACUACAAGUACAGCUUGUCCAUCUAGGAACGCGACACAAUAUUCUUCUGCGAGCUUUGACCGAAGGCUCUCCAUCCUUGCCACUCGAAAUAGAACAAAGAGAUCAGGCGAUGUCGAAGUGCGAGUUGGAAAACUUGAUCGGGCCAUCGUGUGAUCAUUAUGACGCUCGAAAGUUUGCGGUGGAAGUCAUUCUAUAUCCAUAUCGUCCCCAGGACCUUACACAAACGGUGCACUACUUGAAGGGGGUCUGUAAGGAACCAUUGGCAAGUCCUGCAGACAAUGACUCAAACUACGCACGUGUUUCGACCAAGGUGGAGACAGAGUUGCAGAAAUGCCGUGUCGACUACGCGAAACUCAGAGCAGCAUAUGAGACUACUGUGGCCGACGUAGAGACAAUUGCGAGCAAAAUUCAUACCUUAACUUCGUUAGGCAAUGGCAGCCUUCAAGAUUCACCGAGUAUCCAAUUACAACCUAUAGAGGAGGAUUCCGAGUCCAGUGCAAAAAAUGAUUCAAAACAAGACCCCGAUGGGAAGCUACAGCAGCUACCGGCGGAUAAGAAGUACAUUACUCAGCUCGAGAAGAUAGUAGAAGGAUACGACACUCGAGAGGAUGGACGAGAUGAGCUCGAAAACCGACUUUCCCUCGAAUUCGAUAUCCUCCGUGAAGAUAUGAAGAAUCUAGAGAAAUCUCACCAUGAACUCGAAACUGAUCUGCAAUCUCGAGAAUCAGAACUACGACACUUGCGAAGUACUUUACUGGCAAGAGACGGCGAAGACAGCAAUCUGAAGAACCAAAUCCAAGCGCUUCGUCAAAAACUUUCUAGUAUGCGGGAAGAGAGGGUGUUGAAGAGCCGAUUCAAUGAAUUACAAAGUGCCUACGACGAACAAUUUGGUCAGCUCGAACAACUUCAACGAGCGUACAAAGAUAAAGAUGCAGAAUGGAAAACCACUACUAGUACACUCCAGUUGACAGAGUCUCGUUGCGCAGAGUUGACAGAUGAACUGUCAGUUGCUUCGAGCCACGGAAAGGCAAUGGAAAAUCAAAUUCUACAGUUACAAUUAGAGUUAGCGCGUCUCCAAGCAGGUGGAUUAACCCCCCCUGUGCAAUCUAACAUAGCUUGGACACCUACUCCAACUAGACGUCCUGUGACAGUACAAUCGCAAACAGGGUAUAAUUUUCCUUAUUCCUUGCCUGGAGUUAUCCCCAAUUCUUCACCAUUUGGAAUGAGCAUAGGUGCCGUAGACGUCAACAAAGCUUACAACAGUCCUACUAUAUGGGAAAAUCCGCAAGAAUUUCGGAGUCCACCCAGUAAAUCAUCUCAACACAAAGCUGGCUCGACUUCCCUGCAAGAUUUACAACCGUCACACUCAUCCGCUAUCCCCGUCUCCCCGUCGCAAAAUGAACUGACAGCGAUACCCUUAGGGGGUCUGAAGAAAGCUCUUCGUCAUGCUCCUGUUGCACAUCAUCUAGCCACUAGAAGAAAGUAUGCUCUCACGUUUUUGCCCUCGGCAGUAAAUUCUCCCAGUAGAACUCGUUCGUCACCGUCCAGAGUAUCCCUCAAAAGCAAAAAUUCUAGAUAUUCUCAAGACAUGUCGGACGAGGACAAGGAGGAAGAGCAAGAUGAUGCUGCAGCUGUCGAGACGAGUGCGAACAAAGGAAAGGAAAAAGCUGCAAGUGAUUCAAAUGGGAUCACUGGAGCCACUGGGGCUAAAAGCAAUCGUCGUACGAACACUAUACCUUCUAAUGUAAAGAAAUCUCGGCCUGCAAACGACCCGCCUCAGCCAAGUCACGAUUCUGAUGGAUCGGAUGACCCGGACGACGACGACGACGAUCAAUCCGAUGAACCAAGCGACGACGGCGGCAAUGGCGGCGACAACGACAACGAUCACGAUAACGAUAAUGACAAUGACGAUGACGACGAUGAUCAGGAGAGCAACAAACGUGUAAUUGCGACCAAGUGGAAAUUGAAACAUUUGGCCAAGCCAUUUGAUGUAAAAAACAACCUCAAUAAUAUGACUCGAGAUCUAUAUCAGAAGUCUUUGAAUAUCGAAGACAAUCAUGACGUCCUUCGCACACAAUUUCCAUCGACACCCGACGCCCGGCUCACAGCAUAUCUAAAUGGCAUGGAUGCAGCAAAGCCCAUGCUCGUCAACACGACACUUCACUGGCGAGGACUCACGAUCCAGCAGAUGCGGAAAUCACAUUGGAACAAUGCGCUGCAGGAGAUACUUUCGGAAGAAGCUGAAAGGAUAUUUUUGGCGCACAAGGAUGGGCGGUUCGGAAAAUCUCGAGUGAAUUUUAGGGCCCUCUUCCAAGCAAGAUUCAACAAGUUAUACCGCUUAAUUGAGAACUUCCGGUUUCUUCCCAAUGAGACGCCAGUGCAGAGAGCAGACCAGAUCACCGAGUCGAGCGAACGCCAGAGAGUGUCUACCAAGUCUUCAGGCCUUCGCCGCUGGAAACUUGAUACUCGCCUGAAGAUUGCGACUAUUAUGGUCCAAUUCUGUCAGGAUGGGGGCGAUGAAUCAGGAAUAACAUUUUGGUCAUACGUCAUUGAUGCUCUAUUGGUGUUGGGGGAUGGUGGUAUGUCGGACGAAGAAAGUGGCGACGAGGACGUGGUAAUAGAUGGGGUCAGCACCAAACAGGACGUGAAGAGAGUAAAGAUCCUCUGGUUUCGACAUGAAAGUUUUGCGCCAAUAUUUCAGCAGGUCGACGAGACGCCCAAAGUUGAACUGAAGAUCUUUACCCAACAGGGACGAUUAUCUGUCAAGCGGAUUCGUUCAAACGAUGUUGUCGACAAGCGAGAUCCACCCAAAGGCUUACCGCAAGACAUAUUCCGCCCAGAAUACCUGGAUGAAUUGUUCCCUCACCAGAAAAAACAAUUUCGAAUCUUGACCAAGAAGCGGUUCCCGAUUCCAGCCAUGGAUUAG